AUGUCACUUCCGCUUCAACGUCCUGAAGGCGGGGACGGUCAAGGAGUUCCAAAGUCUGACGCAGACGUUCCGGUUCAGCCCAGGGUGUCGAAGGAUGUCCAGGAUGCGGGGACAGGCGCACCCGAACCCCAAGCAGAAGAGAAGGCCAACGAGGAAGAUGAGCGAAACAAACGUACCAUCAACAUGUACUCUGGAUUUUAUUGGCCCGAAGCACAUGACUCCCAUGCUGAGGUUCUUCCUCUCAGCACCUUUUUGGAGAAGUCACGAAAGAAGAAGGCACAAGCAGAAGCAGAGAAGAAGGUCAAAUUGGGAACCAUGCUCGGCGUGUACCUGCCAACGAUGCAGAACAUUUUCGGGGUCAUCAUGUUUCUGAGAUUGCACUGGAUCGUCGGCGUGGCUGGACUGCCAGAAGGUUUUUUCAUUGUCCUCCUGAGCUGCUUAGUAACGUUGGCCACCAGCAUUUCACUGUCAGCAAUCGCCACCAAUGGGCUAGUAGAAGAAGGAGGGCCUUAUUACGUGAUAUCAAGAAACCUCAGCCCUGAAUUCGGUGCAGCAAUUGGAAUUUUGUUUUUCAUAGCGAACGCCGUGGCCACAUCGAUGUACGCCGUUGGUUUUGUUGAAGUGCUUCUGAAAUACGUGGCGCCAGAUUUACCUCAGUUCGGGGAACCCGGAAGUCGAACAAUCGCGGAUAUGCACAAUACCUUUCGAGUGUACAGCUCGCUUGUGUUAUUGGUAUUCUUUGUGAUCGUAUCGUUUGGAGUGAAAUUCACACAGCUGUUCGCACCCAUCAGUCUGAUAUGCGUUUUCGUCUCCAUCGGUGCCAAUUUUGUUGGUGCUUUUAUGGCCAAGGAGUCGAAUAGCCCAUUAGUACCGGUAUUGCAAGUAAAUAAGCCGUGUUCGUUGUUUAGAAUUUGCAUGCUUGGAGACCGUCUGCUUAAGAAGGCCGUUCUUGGGUCAGGCAACAUCACUUCCACCUGUCAAAAGACCGAGAACGGCUCUUUGUGGAAUUUGUACUGCUCGCUGAAUACCACCACCAAUGUGUCGUACUGCGACCCGUAUUUUACCAAUAACGAGGUGCGUGUGAUUCCCGGCGUCCCGGGAUUCUCAGCCGAGUUGUUCAGCAGCAACUCUCGGUCGAAUUACAUGCUCGCAGGGGAGGUGUUGCCGGGCGUGGUGGGAAACGCGGCAGCCGAAGUUGUGCAGGACAUCACGACGACGUUUUUUGAGCUACUGGCCAUCCACUUCCCGGCAGUGACCGGAAUAUUGACUGGCUGCAAUAUGUCAGGAGACUUGAAAGAUGUCCGAAAAUCACUUCCGGCCGGAACGAUUGGCGCUCAGCUUACGACCUCAUUCGUUUUCCUGUCUUACGUGUUUCUGUACGGCGAAGCUCUGGGCGGCGCCAUGGUGUCGUCCCAGUUCUCCUGGCCGACCCCUUGGCUGAUGGUCGUCGGCUGCUUGGGGUCAACGUUCGGAGCCGGUCUGCAAUCGGUGCUCUGUGCUCCGCGACUACUGCAGUCGGUUGCCAAGGACGACCUGAUACCUCACCUGUCGUUUUUCUCCAAGGUCACGUCCCGGAACGAGCCGUUUCGCGCUCUACUGCUUACCGUAUUCAUCGGCGAGGCGGCGAUCCUCAUCGGAGCAAUCGACCGCAUCGCCCCGGUGGUGGACUUCUUCUUCCUCAUGUGUUACUGUUUCAUCAACAUCGUCUGUGCCGUGCAGACGCUGCUGCACUUUCCGAACUGGCGGCCGACGUUCCGCUACUACCACUGGGGCAUCGCAGUGUUUGGCGCCGUGCUGUCCCUCUUCAUCAUGUUUGCCACCUACUGGUAUUACGCCAUCUUGGUCAUAGCGGCAUGCUUGUUCAUCUCGAAGUACGUCCAGUACAAAGGAGCCAAGAAGGAGUGGGGUUACGGUAUACAGGGAUUGGCGUUGGCCAGCGCGCAACUCAGCCUGCUGAAAGCGAACGAAAACGAACUGCACCCCAAGAAUUGGCGGCCCCAGCUGUUGCUAAUGUGCAAACUGAAUUCCCAGUACAAAAUGGACGACCCAGAUCUUCUCACUUUUGCGAGCCACCUGCAAGCUGGCAGGGGCUUGACGCUGUUGAUCAGUUUCAUUGAAGCGGACAGCAGCAAACUCAGCGUCAGGACUCAUGCGAAGAAAAUUCAGCACGAACUGAAGGCCCUUAUGGACCGAACCAACGUCGCCGGCUUUGCCAGUGUCAUUCCAGUGCAUGACAUUGCAGAAGCUGCUACCGCCUACAUCCUAGGUUCAGGCAUUGGGGGUCUGCGGCCGAACACCGUGGUAAUCGGAUGGCCAGCACAGCUGGACAGGAAGAACGACUUCACAUACCGAUCGUUACUAUAUGCGUUGCAUGCAGGGGCAACUAUGGAAAAGUGCCUUUUAAUGCUCAGAGGAAAAAUGCCGACUGAACGACAGAAGGUUUCCGGCAACGUCGACGUUUGGUGGAUUAUGCACGACGGCGGCAUCCUGAUUCUCUUACCGUUUCUUUUAAAGCAACACCAGGUGUGGUCGAACUGCCAAAUUCGUGUAUUCGCCGUGGCUCGAGAAAAGGACAACGUUAAAGAAAUGAAACAGGAGCUCGAAACGUUCCUCUAUCAAUUGCGAAUCAGCGCAUCGGUUUCAGUGGUGCAAUUCAGUGACGACACGGUGAUUCCGUUUGCACGCAGCAAAACGCUGCUGACGAGGAAAAAGACGAGGUGGAUCAGUCGUUUGCAUCUACCCGUAAAAGCGGUUUCUAAAGCAAUAAAAUCUCCCGAGGUGAUCGAAAAUGAAGUCACCGAACCCAGUGAUUCAUCCGUCAAAAGUUACACGCUCUCUUCCGAUGUUCUGUUGGACUUGGAAUCGACCACGUUCUCCAGUGAGGAUCAAAGUUGUAGCCAGUCCAGCCAAUCAGGAUCGUUUUCCCUUGAAAAUGGCCAGAAAAGGGUAGGUGAUCAGGAAAAUGAUGAGGAAUUGCUGUGGAAGCAGAUCUUGAUGGCAGACCCGAAUCUGAAAACCGCUUUGCAGCUGAACGCCAUUAUUUACGAACAGUCGUUCAACAGCGUGAUGGUGGUGAUUAAUUUGCCUUCUGCUCCCGGAACGCUCGACAAUGUUACGAUGUACAUGGAUUACAUUGAAAUAAUGAUCAAUGGACUUAAGCUUGUACUGAUGGUGCGAGGCAGUGGCAGAGAGGUCAUUUCCAUUUACUGA